UCACCUGCGCAGGUAGAACCACUUCCGCUUUCAUCGUUGAACCAGGUAGAGGAGACAGAGGUCUCACUCUGACCCCAGUUCACGUUGUCAAAUUGACGUCACAUUUCUUACCUUUUCCUCUGGACUCAGUGAUGGAUCAACAACUGCUGCGGGUUCAAAUCCCUCAUUUUGAUUCUGAGAUGGGGACAGAGACAGUGAGAACGUGGACAUUUUCAGGUCUUCUGCUCAGUCUCUUCACUGUCUGUGACGUUCACGGUGAGUGGACAACUCCGUCUACUUCCUGUUUUCAGACGCUGUCUCUGUCUCACUCUCUUUCUCUGUCUGUCUCUCCAUGUCUUCGUGUCCCUACGUCCCCCUCCACAGACCAGCAGUGUGUCCUGGGUGUGGUGGGACGUCCUGUCUCCCUCCCCUGCGUCCAUUUGCCCCUGGUGUCCCAGUUCAAUGUCUCCGUGGAGUGGAGGACAGUAAGAGACCAGCAGGUGGUGCUCCGCUCUGAGUGGACACAUGAGGGACAUGUGCACGGAUGGAGUGUACUUGCUGGAGCGUCCCUCCCCACGGACACUGUAAGAACAGGAAACGUAUCUCUGCUGCUGUCCUCAGUCCCACCAACAGAGGGCUCUGUAUAUUACAGUCUGUUUGUGACGUCAGAGGAUGACCGGCAUGCGGUCUGCACAGUCUGUCUCACUGCUGCAGCCAGUUUCAGCCAGCCUCUGCUGCAGCGAGAGGAGGUGGAGCAUGGAGGAGCAACAGCGUUCCGAUGUCUUACCAACGGCGGUUUUCCAGAACCACUCAUCCACUGGAGAAUCAACCAGAGUCAGGAACCUCCGGAAGGUUCUGUUUGGACCCAGACAACGCCACUCCCCAACUCUCCACUCUACAACGUCAGUAGUCACAUGACCCUCAACCUCUCCACCCACACCAGUGUCUCCUGCACCGUCCACAACCCGUCGUCCAAUCAGAGCUGGACAUCCACCAUUGAGGGCGUGACGUCAGGUCCUGGUGUUGGUCGUGCAUCGGAGGCGAUGUGGAUGUUCAGCACUGUCCUCUGUGUUGUGGUCGGAGUGAUGGUAGUUGUGGGCGUGGUCUAUCAGAUUCACUUGGACCGGGUCAGUAAGAGGAAGAAAAAAGAGUUCCACAGAUACAUGAGCACCCGAAAACAGAGAUGUCGUCUGGAUGAAGAGUGCGAGAAGACAGAAAUGAAACCAGAGCCCGACGAGACCAACCUUUGAUGUUGGCUAGGAGGGUCACAGGGUCACAGGCUCUGUGAGAAGGAAAAUCUGAGGUCCGGAGGAACCAAAGGGCAAGGAAGGUUCUUCAGAACCACAAGUCAGAAACACACAAACAUUGUUCUUCAUAAAAACCUUGAUCUUCAACAGACUGAUCUAAAACCCUGGUCUCCUCCAGACUCCGUCCUUGGUUGUUCAUAGGACGGUGGUCUCUCCUUAUGUUCAAUGAUGUCAUCACACCUGAACCCAGUCUGUUUUCAUG